AUGAAAAUAAGAACUCACAUUGGAAAUACACUAGGAACAAGACAACAGAAAAAUCGAAUAAGUGCUAUAGGAAAUCAUAAAAUAACAGAUUUUUUUGCAGCUGAUCCUCAAUUAGAUUAUGAAAUAGCAGAUAAUUCUCAAUCAGAUUAUGAAAGUGAAAGUGAAACUGAGAUAAUGAAAGAAUUAUCACAAUGGGAAUAG